AUGGCGUCUGAGCCACAUAGAUUGCUUGGUCUGUUUCUUCCAACGAUGACUCUCACGUUGCUACUUUUCUUUUCAUCAUCUCAAGCUUUCAAGUUCAACGUCGGUGGCAAAGAUGGUUGGGUUGUCAAGCCUUCUGAAGACUACAAUCACUGGGCUGAAAGAACUAGGUUUCAGGUCAACGAUACGCUCUAUUUCAAGUACAAGAAAGGGUCUGAUUCAGUUUUAGUGGUGAACAAGACGGACUACGAUUCCUGCAACACCAAGAAUCCCAUGAAGAAGAUGGACGACGGUGAUUCCAACUUCACUUUCGAUAAAUCAGGUCCCUUCUUCUUUAUCAGUGGCAACUCAGGAAACUGCAAAAAGGGUCAGAAGCUGAUCGUCGUUGUCUUGGCUGUCAGGCACAACACUCCUUCUUCCCCUCCGACGGCUGCUCCGGCUCCGUCUCCAGCAGGCGGAAGCCCACCGGCCGUGCCACCGGGGAGUUUGUCACCCUGGCCAAGUGAGGGCCCAACUGCUAGUGAUAAUUCUCCGGCACCGUCGCCGUCAAAAUCUUCGGGGUAUCCGAGGUUUGGUGGUUCUGUUAGCAUGGGUUGCAGGGCUGGGGUGAUGUUGUUGUUGGUUUGCUUCGUUGGGCUUGUUUGA